AUGGUUUCUGUUCGUAAUGUUGUUAUAAUCGUAAAGCAAAUCUUGGAAGAGUGGAUUGUUCGGGAGUCUGGAAUACUGUCCAAAACACAAUGCGAAACCUUGCUACGUUCUGAAGAGACUAUCUCUACCUUACCUACCAAAAGAGGAAAUUACCCGAGAUAUCCCCUCUAUAAGGAAAUUUCAAAAAAGUUACAUCAGUGGCUGUCCACUGGGAAUUUUCCUGUAAAAAGCGAAGCUUGUGGAUUACUUUCGGAGGAAAAUUUUGUUCAAGAAAGAAAAGGAAUUUAUGAAAAAGUUUCGCUGGUACUGGCCUCCCUUAACGAUUCUUGGACAGAGAUUUCUGAUGAAGAAAAACAUCUUCAGUUUUCUUCUAUCAUAAAAAUUCUUGGCGUUAGAGGAUUGCUUGAUCUGCUUAAUAUUCGCCACACGCAAGGAAGUGUUGAUAUUUUUCCUCCUCCUGUUAAAGUUCUAAUAGAAUCCUUCAACGAGAAACACAAACCAAAUGCCAAUUUGACAGUUGGUGCAAGGGCCUUGUCUAAACACUGUCACAGGGAUUCCAGUGAAUGGUGGGGUGCCUGUGCGGGUAGUGAACAAGUUAAGAACGAACAUGCUAUUACAGUUGUAAUGCGUAUACUAGAAGAUGCUUCAUGGAUUAAUAUCCACCUGCUGCCACAUGAGCUCAAAGUUAUUGAAGUGAGGUGCACUGAAGGUUACGGCGCAAGAUGGAGUCAUGAUGGAAAAGUUUUCCGUGGAUUUCUUGAGCCUCAAAUGGAGGAUGGUCAUGCAGCAGGGUGGAAGCAUUGAACUUGUAGCUCACUGUCAAUUUAAAUUCUUUUUUCUAGCUAAUAUAUAUUUUCUUGUAAAUACUUCUGAGAAUCUUUUCUAAUCUCCUGUUUGGUGAUCAUUGUAUAAUUAUAAUUAAAUUGUUUGGAGGGGAAAUUUCAUUUAAAUCACCCCUCAAAGUUAGAGAUCAAUUUUGGUAUCUAAGCAACUGCACACCCUACCUACCUAUCCCUCCCUAAGCCCAACCAUAGUCAAUUGAUGACAAGUUAGGGUUAACAUUGGGUUGGGGGAGGGGCAGGUAUGCUGUUGCCCAAAUUCUGACAUUAAUCUGAAGUUAGUGUUAAGGUUACUGUAAUAUUUAGCAAGUUCUUAAGA